GCGUCAGUCAGAGUACGGAUCUCCGGCAGGGAGACGUGGAAGUUGAGGCCGGACAUGGCCGAGAAGAGGUCGACGGGGGCUCAGCCCGGGCCUCCCGGUACCAAUCUGCUCUUCUCCGCUUCUGACUUCAGCUUUUCCGUGCCCUUCAUCCCAGUGAGCCAACCCAGCGGCGAGCUGCCCGUCGAUGCCACCGAGGUCGGCGAGGAGGACAGUUUCCUGGGACAGACGUCUGCCACGGUCAGCAAGCCGCAGACGUUCAGUUACUUUGCACAGCCGACCAGCCUGGGGGGGAAUAAUGAUCCAUUUGCUGCCAUCGCUCAGCCCCCCCUCGCCACGGCACCUCCGUCAUCAGGGCCGGCAGCUUUCGCCAGGCCCCCAGCGUCGACGUCUGCGUUUGGACCUCAAAACGGACAAACCACGGCACCGCUGCAGACGCCAAACCCGCCAUUUAUUAGUAAUAACCCUGCGGCUUCUAAAGUUACAACGGGCGGCAUUCCUUCAGCCUCCCCGAAUUGCCCUCCGACCGCCCCGUAUCCCGCUCCCCCCACCAGCUCCUCGCAGGCGGGCUAUAAUCCGUACCGCCAUAAUGUGCAGAGCAGCCGGAUCAAUCCCUAUCUAACCCCACCGCAGCUCCAGGAGCAGAGCAUCGGCCCCCAUUCACAGCCGGGACAGUUUGCGCCUCCGCUCGGCCAUGGCUACCAAGGCGCCCCUCCUCCGCUGCCACCGCCCACCGCAGCUGCCCCAUCUUUGCCACCCCCACCACCCGUGCAGUCGUACCCUCACCCCAGACCGGCCGGACCGCCGGCGCCCGGACCACCUCCUUUCGUACAAAACCAGUAUGAGCCGCUACAACCGCACUGGUUCUUCUGCAAGCAGGUGGAGGGAAAGGAGGUCUGGCAGCCGUUCAGCGUUUACGACUCUUUGAAUCUGGAAAAGGUUUAUAAUUCUGUCCAGCCCGACCCCGAGAGUGUGGUGGUGAGUACCGACGGGGGCCGCUACGACGUGUAUCUUUACGAUCGCGAGAGGAAAGCCGUUUACUGGGACGAGGAGGACUCGGAAGUCAGGCGCUGCUCCUGGUUCUACAAAGGAGACACGGACAGCAGGUUCACCCCGUACAGCGAGGAGUUCAGCGAGAAGCUGGAGGCGGAGUAUAAGAAAGCCGUCACCACCAACCAGUGGCACCGGAGGCUAGAAUUCCCUGGAGGGGAGACCAUCGUCAUGCACAACCCCAAGGUGAUCGUUCAGUUCCAGCAUUCAGCGAUCCCGGACGAGUGGGGAGCCCAUCCGGACGGACAGGCGAGGCCUCGCGUGGUGAAGCGGGGCAUUGAUGAUGAUCACGACGAGAUUCCGCAUGGAGAAGCGCCUCAGGUGGAUCAUUUGGUGUUUAUGGUUCACGGCAUCGGACCGGUGUGCGAUUUACGCUUUCGAAGCAUCGUGGAGUGCGUCGAUGACUUCAGGACAGUUUCGCUGAAGCUGCUGCGGACUCACUUUAAAAGGUCGCAUGAAGAUGGCAGGGUGAGCCGCGUGGAGUUCCUGCCCGUCCAUUGGCACGGUGCCCUCCACGGAGAUGCCACGGGGGUUGACAGACGUAUCAAAAAGAUCUCGUUGCCGAGUAUCAGUCGCCUCCGGCACUUCACCAACGAGACGCUCCUGGAUAUUCUCUUCUACAACAGCCCCACGUACUGUCAGACCAUCGUGGACAAGGUCAGCCUGGAGCUCAACCGGCUGUACGAGAUGUUCAUGAGCCGGAACCCCGGCUUCACCGGCCGCGUCUCCGUGGCCGGCCACAGUUUAGGCUCUUUGAUUCUGUUUGACUUGCUGUCCAACCAGACCGACUUAACGUCCACGCCGGCCCCAUCAGUGAUUGCUCCGGAUACAAAUGGUCUGUUGAAAAGUGAAACCAGCAGCGGCAAACAGGAUAAGCCGCAGGCGUCAGACGAUGGCAGCGGCGACCCGGACUCGGUGCAGGACGAGUUACCCGGCCUAACGGAGGCGCUCGAGUCCCUCAGCCUGGCUGAAUACGCCAGUGUGUUUGAAAAGGAGAAGAUUGACAUGGAGUCCCUGCUCAUGUGUACGGUCGAUGACUUGAAAGAGAUGGGAAUACCCCUGGGGCCGAGGAAGAAGAUAGCCAAGUUUGUAGAAGAAAGGGUCGCGCAUCAGGCGCGGAGGAGAGCGGCCGCGGAGGAGAGAGCGGCUCAGAUUAGGGUGCAGGCGGAGUCGGUGGCCCCCGGAUCUGAGGAAGCGGCUUUAAGGAGCAGCGAUCUGGAGCCGUUGAGAAAGAGACUGCCGGCCAGGGUCUCCGUGUCCAACGUUCCCGUGGAUUACGAAUACUUUGAAAUAGGGACGGGGCAGGUGUCGGUGAGAUACAAUCCGCUGGAUUUUGAGCCCGUGAAUUUCUUUGCCCUCGGCUCCCCCAUCGGGAUGUUCCUGACCGUGCGAGGCUUGGAUAAGAUAGAUGAGACGUACCGGCUCCCGACCUGCAAGGGCUUCUUCAAUAUAUACCACCCGCUGGAUCCUGUCGCCUACAGACUGGAACCUAUGAUCCUUCCAGACAUUGACCUGAAGCCUGUGCUUAUCCCUCAUCACAAGGGCAGGAAGAGGCUGCAUCUCGAGCUGAAGGAAAGCCUGACGCGAAUGGGCUCUGACCUGAAGCAGGGCUUCAUCAGUUCCCUCCGCAUGGCGUGGCAGACGCUCAAUGACUUCGCCCGCGCUCACACUGCAUCCACGCAGCUUCAGCUGGAGCUCAAGAAGGUGGCAGAUCAGAUCCAGGAAGAGGAAGCGAAACAGCAGGAGGGGGAAGUUGAAAAGCUGGAGAACCCGGAGUUUUCGAGGGAGGAGGAACUCUCCACGAAGAUUGGGACGCUAAACGGGGGCCGCCGGAUCGAUUACGUCCUGCAGGAGAAGCCCAUCGAGAGCUUCAAUGAGUAUCUCUUCGCUCUACAGAGUCACCUCUGUUACUGGGAGUCUGAAGACACGGCUCUGUUAUUCCUGAAAGAAAUCUACGGCUCGAUGAACGUCUCCCCGGAUCAGCCGCUUCACUGAACCGGGAGAAAACCUU